GUAGCAACUUUUCCCCCUCUUGUAUUUUCCCAUUUUCACAUCUAGUGCUGCAGUAGUUUUGGACAAUUUUUAGUUCGAUUGCAAUGCUCUAUAAACACCGUGUUAAUAGAAUAUUUUAGUUACCUGCUGCCGAUAAGCUACAGUACGUAUUAUUCUUCGAAAGGCUUCAUUGGCCUGCUGUAGGGCAUUUGUUGUUUUGCGAUCUUGUGAAUGAUUCGCAGACAAUCAAUCGCUCAAAACACUGGUCCAAUACACUUUCCGGGAGUUUCGUGUCGAAUUUAGGUGCUAACAUUGCUAAACGCUAUAUGGUCAAUAAAGUUAAGAAAAAAUAGUGCAUUCCAUACUAUCCCAAGUGUGCCUUUGUACAAGUGAAAUUGCUGGUGUAUCAAAUGAAGAGCAGUCGUAAAAAAGUUCAAUAGCAUCGUGAAUGCGGCGAUGCUCAAGUUUGCAACAAAAGAAAUCGGUGUCGGGAAUUGAAAGGUGCAUCAGUCGAGUGUUGAGCCUGUAGCCCGCGGAUCUUCCUAGCGGAUUCGUCAUCUUGCACCAGUACUUCCCCGGAGCAAAAGCAAAACGUAAAGCCAGCGCAUUCGAAAGCGGAGACUCAGUUAUGGAGUAAGGACGAAAGUCCAGGAGAAGAAGAAAAAAAUGACUCCCGAGGAGCAACAGCAGCAACAGCAGAACCAAAUUCCAAACAUUGCCGGAACGAUCCUGAUCGGCGGAAUCGGUACCACUAGCCCUGAUGGUGUUGGCCAGCCGAAGCACCACAACCAGCAACAACACCAGCAGCAGCAGCGGCAACAAUACUCGGCCCAUCUCCUACCUCAUUUGCAUCAGUUCUGCACGAUGACCGGCUCGAACCCGGCCAGCCUGACCGGGGCGUCGAAGCUGCCGUCGAAAAGCUCGCCCCUCGGGCCGUCACCGUUCCGGCAGCUGCUUCCGGUGACGCUCUGCAUCAUAUCGUUCGCGACCGUGCUGAGCAUACUGAUCAUCUACAUGGACACGACUGAAAUCCGCCACCAGCAGUUCCGGUUGAACAUGUCGCGCGACUACGACCUGAUGGGCGUGCCGCAGGACAAUCCGGCCCUCAUCAAGUACGUCCGGGAUAUCCACAUGAAGAAGUACCCGAUGACGUUCAUCCGUAACGCGGACGGGCCGGGCGAGCAGUUGAACUUCACCAACCGGCACGAGCUGGCCCCGGAGAUGGCGCACCUCAUUUCGGACCUGCUCGGGCGGAAGCGCUUCGGGACGUUCUUCCAGUCGCUGACUGGCAACAGCGAUGCGAUGAUGACCGCACCGUGGCUCGCGGAGACGAUGAACUGGGGCGGUUACCUGGUGGAACCGGACCCGCGCAAGUACUUCUCGCUGCGCAAGCAGAAUGCCUUCCGCUCGAACGUGCAGGUCAUUCAUGCGUGCCUUUCGCCGAACACCUACCCGAAGGAGGUAACGCUACACCACGAUGACGACAGCGAGGUGCAGAUCAAUAGUGUGCUGGACGAGGAAACGGAAUGGUUCCAUCCGCGGGUCAAGUGUUUUCCGGUGUACACGCUCAUGCUGGCCGUCAAUCGAACCUCGAUCGAUCUGCUCAGUCUUGGCUGCCACGGACAGGAACUGCAGAUCCUCCAAACAAUACCCUUCGAUCGAGUUCAUAUCAAGGUAAUUUCGAUCCAUCUGGUGCACUACUACGAGGAGGACGAGCAGAUAAUCGAUGUCGACGACUACGUGCUGAGCAUUGGCCGCUUCCUGAUGAGCCGAUCGUACAAACUCGUGCGCAGUUUCGAUCGUAACUUUAUCUAUCAGCAUCUGUCCGUGCUUUCGGCAUCCAAGCAACGUCAACAACUGCAGCAGCAACAGCAACAACAGGAGCAAUUACAGCAGCCAAAUUCACCCUUCUUGGGACCCUUGCUACCACCGCUGCAGCCAACCAUCCUUGCCCACAGCAAUGCCAUUAGCUCCGGCGAGAAGGCCGAUACCUCGAUGGACAUCCGGAAGGGGCAGGAAUCGGCCGCCAAUGGUGGAGCUACUUCCAUCGGUGGUGUAAAGGUACCGGUGUCCGUGACAGCCGCUGCUCCGUCUACCACUACCACGACGCCAACCUCUUCCAGCACCUCUCAACCAUCGAUUGCGAAUGUUGCAAAUGUUGCACAGUCCUUCGAAGGCAUCGAAUCGGAGUUUGGUUUGAGUUCGUCCGAGUUCGCCGCGGAAGAUAGCGAUGAGCAACGGCAGGAUCAGGAUGAUGAGCAAGAGCAGCCGCUCGGUGGUGGUGAGGGAGAAGAUGGAACGGUUCGGGCAGCUGGUUCGCCACCGCCAAGUGUUACCUCCCUGAAGUGAACUCGCGUCCAAAGGGGACGGUUUUCUCUCGAUACGCAUUUUAUCAACUGAAAGCUACCAGUUCAUCAUUCCACUUAUAACGUUUACUUACUACAAACGUCCCAUAUCUGCCCAAUUGAUCGGCAAGGGUCGAGACGAGCCUUCGUCUGCAAUGUACCACACAGAAGUAUACCUUUUUUUUUCUUUUUCCUUACGGACGAACUCAUUUUAUUGCUUAAGAUUUUUUAAAUUUUCAUUUUAUCUUGUUUACGUAAUUUCAAACAUCCAUGCGAAGGUGAAAUCAGUUCCAUUCGAAGAAGGGUAUCAGAGCAUUAGAUAAAAAGUGAGCGCUAAAAAUGCAUACCGAAGCGGGUACCUUAGGCUUUGUGAUGGCGUAGAAUUACUGAACCAUAUCGUAGAAUUUUUGCAAGGAGAGGGUACCAAAAGGCAAAGUCGCAUGGAGAUUUUAGUUUUCGAUGGCAUGCAUUUAGUAUAUCAACUCUUACUGGUACCAUCCACGAGGGAUUUUUUGUGGUUUCCUUUAUUAUGUUGUCUCCACAAUUCAAUGUUUUUCACCAUAGGGUCUAUGGAAUUGGUCGAUAGCCUUCUGCUCGUAAAUUUGUCUAAAAAUGGCAUUGUGAAAGGGUGAUAAAAAUUAAUUGAAUAUUAGUUUUCCUUUUACUUUACAUUAUUCAAUAAGAGAGUAUUACUUUUGCUUAGGUACUAAAGAGUGAACGGUAUCAAAUUGUGAAAAAGGAGUGAUGGCAUAAAGAGAAAGAGAGAGGGAGAAAGAGAGAUAGAGAGAAGAGAGAGAAAAGAGAAAAGAAAAACAACAACACACAGCUCUUAGAUCUGUAGAUCAACACAAGCGUAGAUAAAUAAACAAGACUCUUAUAAGUAGAUCUUACGCA